UCACCCAGGUUUCCGUCAGCGCGCGGAGAGCUGCCUCGACGCGACCCCACCCUGUCUUGCUCCCCUUAUGAAUGAUUGAAAAAUCUCCCAAUCUGGCUACAAAUAAUUCCCAUUUUGUGAGCUUGCCUUUUCUUUUUUUGCUUUUUUGCCGCUGUUGCUGUCGCUAUAAAGGCUGGGCAGUGUAGUUGCUGAAUAAAUGCGGUUUCAGAGAGGGAAUUUCCUGCGGAGAAACACUAUUUUGGAAAAGCAGUCGCAGAAAUUGAUUAGAACUGCUGCUGGCCGCGCCGCGCUGAGAGGCACCGGUACAGACGAUCACCUCGCUGCCAUUGCUGUGAAUCUGAAGCACAUGCCUAACGCGGCUAAUGACAGUUGUGUCCAAUGGUCUGUCGUGGACUCACCUUUGCAAAUAGGCUACAAAUCCUCAGAGAACGAAUCACAAGCUACAGUUUCGGAAAUAGGCCCGAACCAACAGGACUGUGUUACAGUGAAUCCUGAGGAAAUGGGCCAGCCGGCAAUUCUCAGUAGCAUCUUCUCAGUAGGCCUACCAGCUCACAGUCCAAGGACACCACCCGGUCAUGUGGACAGCUAUCCCACGUGGGACAAAUGAACAGCCCUGUCUUUGAGGUCCAUAUCCAGGCACAGAAUAUGGCAGCACACCAACAGUAUUGGUGACUGCUAACAGGAGAACCACACGCUUGAAGACAUAAACCACGCCCAAACUGCAUCAAGGGCUCUAUUUUCCAACCGGCGCACGGCAUGUGGGGAGCCGUUGCACUGGUGAAGUGGGUUUUGGCACGCCUGAGCCCGUUUGGAUCCUAUAUCCUGCAGCCCAUACCCUUCAUCAGUCUGGAGGACACCGGGUCCGUCUGCAGCUCCACGCGACUGGUCUCAUCAUGGGCAGGAUCUGUAAGGAGGUGACGGGUCAGGUGUUCUGCUUCAUCGGAUUCCUGGGGGUGAUCAUCGUCUGCGGGAUCCCCAUGUGGAGGGUGACCACGCGCAUCGGCGCCAACGUGGUGUCUGGCCAGGUGGUGUGGGACGGCCUGUGGAUGAACUGCGUGAUGCAGAGCACGGGACAGAUGCAGUGCUCCAUCCACGAGUCGCUGCUCAAGCUGUCGCGAGAUCUGCAGGCCUCCCGGGCGCUCAUCGUCACCGCCAUCGUGGUAGCCUUCGUGGGGCUAACCUUCACCGUCAUCGGAGCCAAGUGCACCAGCUGCCUGGACAAAGACGCCUCCAAAGCCAAGACGGUGAUCUUAGGAGGCGCCAUCUGCAUCGCGUCAGGGGCCACCUGCGUGAUUCCUGUCAGCUGGUCGGCCGCUACCACCAUCGCAGACUUCCAGAGCUCUUUCGUGAGCGAAGAAAGGAAGAGAGAUUUGGGGGCUGCCAUUUACAUCGGAUGGGCGACUUCAGCCUUGCUGAUCAUUGGCGGAUCAAUCCUCUGUACUUCCUGUCCGCCAGUGGACAACAGGUACGGCUGGGGCUACCCGGGCCAACGCUACCCACCCCAGUACUACCCAGGGCCCGCAAUGACAGCAGGGACCUACAUGCCAGCCAAGGUCUACAUACCCAACAGGUCUCAUUCUGCCUCAAGUCAAUACAUCCCCAAUAACGCAUACCCCAGUGGAGCGUCAUAUUCACCUGUAAAUUACCUCUAAAAUUACAGGGUAAAGGUUAAAAAAAAACAUUUGAUUAUUGAAUGGU